AAAAUGUGGAUUUGAAAAAUCCUUUCAUUUGGCAGUAAUCGAAGACGUUAUUCACAGAGGGCCCCGAUACCCCAGCAGAUGGACAUCAUGUUGCCUGAGGGAGACUCUAAAAGGACAGGGGAGAAGGUCAGAGGCCAGGAUCCCGGGGAGCAUCCUUCAGUCACACUCUUCCGAGAGUACCUGAGGCUCAAGACAGUCCAGCCCGAGCCCAACUAUGAUGUGGCCGUGCGGUUCCUGGAGCGGAUUGCAGCCGAGCUUGGCCUGGGGUGUCAGAAAGUGGAGGUGUGCCCGGGCCGGGUUGUCACCAUCAUGACCUGGCAGGGCACGGACCCGCAGCUCCGCUCCAUCCUGCUGAACUCGCACACGGAUGUCGUACCGGUAUUUGAGGAGCACUGGACCCACGACCCUUUUGAAGCCUUUAAGGACUCUCAGGGUAACAUCUAUGCCCGCGGGGCCCAGGAUAUGAAGUGUGUCUCCAUCCAGUACAUCGAGGCCAUCCGGAGGCUGAAGGCCGAGGGGAAGCGCUUCCCCCGAACGAUUCACAUGACAUUCGUGCCCGACGAAGAGAUCGGGGGCUUCAAGGGCAUGGAGCUGUUUGUGAAGCGACCCGAGUUCCAGGCUCUCAACAUUGGCUUCGCCCUGGAUGAAGGCCUGGCCAACCCGACGGACACCUUCACUGUGUUUUACGGGGAGAAGUGCAUCUGGUGGAUUAAAGUCAAAUGCGAGGGGAACCCAGGCCAUGGAUCCCAGUUCAUUGAGAACACGGCUGCUGAGAAGUUGAACAGAGUGAUCACCUCCCUCCUGCAGUUCAGAGAGAGUGAGAAGCAGAGAUUGAAGUGUGACGAGCACCUCACCCUGGGCGAUGUCACCUCCCUCAACAUGACCAUGCUGAGCGGGGGCGUCUCCUUCAAUGUGGUGCCCUCGGAGCUGUCCGCCGGCUUCGACAUCCGCAUCCCGCCCACUGUCAACUUGCAGGCAUUUGAGGAGCAGCUCACAGUCUGGUGCCGGGCAGCUGGAGAGGGUGUCACCUACAAGUUCUACCAGAAAUAUAUGGAUCAGACGGCGACCUGCAUCGAGGAGUCCGACCCGUGGUGGAAGGCAUUCAGUGGGGCCUGCAGAGACAUGCACAUUACGCUGAAGUGUGAGAUCUUCCCGGCCAGCACAGACAGCCGCUUUAUCCGAGCAGCUGGUCACCCGGCCCUCGGCUUCUCCCCCAUGAACCACACCCCGGUACUGCUGCACGACCACAACGAGUACCUCAACGAACAAGUCUUCCUGCGGGGCAUCGAGAUCUAUGCCUGCCUCCUCUCCUCCUUGGCCAGCGUCCCCCCUCUGCCGGCGGAGGGCUGA